UUCGUUUCGAAAUACAUUAGUUAAAAUAAUAAGUUAUACUUAAAUUGUUGAAAUGCUUUGGAUAAAAAGUGGGAACUUGUAGGCUUAUAAGUAAAUAUCUCAACGACGUCAGGAUGACGUCAUAUCUACUCUUGAUUUUGAUCAUUAGUGCCACCUUGUGGGGUAAAUCAUACGGGCAAAUUGACGUGACUCCAUGCAAUGAUGUUGCCGAAUGCACAACCCUAGAAUAUUCGGUGUGUGACUUGUCCGAUACACUGAAGUGCAUUUGCCUCUUCUCCGAGGGAUUCACGCCAAACGAUAAUAAGGACGGAUGUAAUUACGAAUGUGGGACGCUCACAGGCCCGCAAAAUGGUGCAGUGACGUUCACAGACACGAUGCAAGACUCCGUCGCUACGUACAGCUGUAACGCUGGGUACCAAAUUGAUGGUUCAAAAACACGAACUUGUUCUGCAGUGACGCCGAGAGGCUGGUCCGGUACAGCACCCACUUGCAUUGCAGUAACCUGCGCUGUGCCGAACGUAGACGACGCUUCAAAAGAUUCUGGGGCAACGAUUGCUUACAACACGACAGUUAUGUACACAUGUGCAGGAGGCCACAUCCAUACUAAUGGCAAUUUAAUAAGGACAUGUGCAGCUGGCGGACAAUUGGAUGGUACAACCCCUAUAUGUACUCGAGUAACCUGCGCUGUGCCGAACGUAGACGACGCUUCAAAAGAUUCUGGGGCAACGAUUGCUUACAACACGACAGUUAUGUACACAUGUGCAGGAGGCCACAUCCAUACUAAUGGCAAUUUAAUAAGGACAUGUGCAGCUGGCGGACAAUUGGAUGGUACAACCCCUAUAUGUACUCGAGUAACCUGCUUUGUACCGGACGUAUACGAGGCUUCCAAAGACACGGGGGCAACGAUUGUGUACAACAAGACAGUAACCUAUGCAUGCGCAGGAGGUCACAACCAUUCUGAUGGCGAUUUAGUAAGGAAAUGUCAAGCUGACGGCCAAUUGAAUGGUACUUCCCCAACUUGUACUCUAGUGAAGGAAAAUAUCUGCGAGAAGGAUGUGGAUGACGAGGGAAUGUUCUGGAACUACACGGAGCGCGACACAGAGCUCAACCUAGACUGCCCACAGGGAUACACAGGGUUAGUGACGCGAUACUGCCGAAAAGACGGUGUGUUUCUAUUGCCCUACUACGACUGCACAUUGGUCAUCCUCAAAGAUCUCACGGAACAGCUGACUAACGGUAGCAUAGACGGAGCCGCGGCUUUAGCUGUGUUAAAGUCCGAAGUAGCGGAUGGGAACCACACUCUGUUUAUUGGGGAUUUGCUGCAGACACAAUUCAUCCUGCAGACUGUCGUUUCUGAAACUACAGCGUUUACCAACGACAGCAUCGAUGAUUUUCUUGAGACGGCAAGCUUUCUCAUUGACGACAAAGCGAACAGCAAGCAGUGGCAAAGCCGCAUACAGAACAACAACACAGGUGCAGAGUCGCUGCUGUCAGUGAUUGACGAGUUUGCCAUACGCCUCGACAACUCCCGCGCGUUGUCUAACGUCACCGUCACAAAACCUAACAUUGUGUUGACGUACUCGAGGGUGGACACGACUGAUGAGGACAGGCGUCCACUACAGUUUCCAAACAGCGAGAGUCUGAACUCCCCCGGGGACGAGUGGCAGGCCGAACGGCACUCUACCGUUAAUAUAAACUUACAGGCACUCAGGGGUGAAAACGUAGCCACGUUUGUCGGCUUGGUCUACAAAAACCUUUCACAGGCUGUUUCCACAAAGCUCGACCAGGCAGAAAACGCCACCAUUAGCUCUCAAGUGCUGUCCCUGCAUCUGCUCCCACAGGCGCCUGUUAAGCUAGACCCCGAAAUACAGCUCAACUUCCAAACAUUCCAGAGCGUGUCGAGAUACAGAAAAUUCUGCGCGUUUUGGAACACAACAACUGAAACAUGGUCUACAUCUGGUUGUAACGUGGUGUCUUCCAACGCCAGCCAGGUCCAAUGUGCGUGUAGUCAUCUCACCAACUUCGCUUUGUUGAUAAGCCCAUACACAUCUAACAGUGAGGUGGUGCAGAAUAUUUCAAUGAUCAUCACGUACAUUGGUAGCGGGCUUUCAAUCCUGGCCCUCAUCGUGACCAUCGCCUUGCAUGCCUUCUACUGGAAGAUACUGCGCAGUGAGCGUGAGUGUCUCACCAUGUGUCUGUGUGUUGUGUUGCUACUGGCCAACAUUCUCUUCCUCGCUGGGAUCGGACAAACAGAAAACCAGACCGUUUGUCGGUGGAUCGCCGUUUCCCUGCACGUUGUGUUCCUGACCGUCUUCUUCACCAUGCUUUCUGUCGGCCUCAACGUAUAUUUCGCCGUCACCGUUGUCUUCAAGAGUGGCAAAAACAAACUUGUCAUGUACCUCCUCGUGGCCUUUGUACCACCGAUAGCUGUCGUGCUUACUGCUGCCAGCAUUUCCAAACUUGAGGGAUAUGGCACGAAAGCAAGUUGUUGGCUGGAUAUUGACCAUUGGAUGUUCUGGACUUUUGCGGGGCCUGUUGCUUUUGUUAUCUUGGUCAAUGGUAUAAUCACAUCGAUUGUAUUGGUAAAGCUAUGCAGCACGCAGGCCGCAAAGAACAAAGACACUCUUGACAGAAUUAAAAUGACGAUUACGGCAAUGUCUGUGUUGUUACCAAUAAUGGGUAUCGGCUGGGUGUUUGGUUUCUUUGCUGUGAACAAGAAAACUCAGUGGUUUCAAAUUGUGUUUUGCAUUUUUAACGCAUCACAGGGUGUGUUUAUUUUCAUAUUCCACUGUCUUCUGAAUGAACAGCUGAAACGUGCGAUUCAACUAUCAAGAGAACGAAAGCGAACACUGGAUGAAUUUAGCGAUGAACACAAAAGACGAAUGGCAUUGGGCAAGCAAGACAGUCCCAGUGACAAUACAAAAGGAACGAACAUGUCGGAAACGGGAACGCUUGAACGAUCUGAAGCGGAAGAAAAGACGACGUCAGUUAAGCAAGAAGAAGUCCGAGUAGAAUUGAAGUUGCUGCAUCAACGCGAAUGAAACAAACGAGAAGUCAAUACCGACCGGAAACUGCGAUUGCAACAUUCAGGAUGAAUCUUCCAAAUAUCAUAGCAAUUCGAAAGUGACGGAGUUUUCAAACGACUGGAAUCCCCUUGUACCAACCGAGAAUACAAUCAGAAUUUUUUUUUAGGUAACUUCCACAAAUGCAGAUCAAGUUGUCAUGAAUGGAUAUAUUUCGAACGAAUUUGCAACGGACAGUGAACCAUAACACAGGUUUAAAAGAAAAUUGUAUUCGUGAUACAUCAAAUGAUACAAAUACUGGAUGUGAAACAAUUCCAUUUGUAAUCAAUUAUUGUUUCAUAACUGUACACUAGUUGGUGGUUACAAGGGAUGACUUAUAGUCACAAUUAUUGCUAUCUGUUUAAAGAAUUGUAUUGCUUAUCAGUAAACUGGCCCAAUUUUCUCAAAAUAAAAUGUUUCUGCCUUAAGCUUAAAUACAAUCGCUUUUAUUUCUUUCUCACAACUGGUCAAAAUGAGAAUAUUACAAAUUGUGCAUACACACAAAUAAGAGUUUUACCGUGAUCUUCUUAUUAGGAGAGAAUGUUUGAGAAAAUUGGGCCUGAUUUCAUUGUUAUAAUAAUUGAUAAACUUGUGUAUUUUGUAUUUUUGUAUACAUUUACGCCCAUUGAGCUAUAUAUACUCUCAACCAGUUCUAACACAUCUAUUUUUAAGUUGGUAUAAUCAUUAUGUAAUCAAGUCUAUGAAAAUGCGGAGUUUUGUGCAAUAUUACUUCUGCAAAAACAUAUUGCAAAAUUCUAUAUCAAUCAUAAGUUCAGCCUUGCAGAUGAAUGUUUGAAAUCCUAUUCUUGUGAGAUACUCAAUUAUAUGGCAAUUUAACAAAUGAAUUACUGUUUCAAGAAAUGAUUUUUACAUUACAGUUGUUCAAAGACAUUAUGAUUUGACCGGUAAAUAGUCCAAAAAGAAUCUGCAAAGGGAACUUGCCUAGUAAAAUGAUCAAUAAAAAUAUUAUGACCGUUCAUAAAUGUCGCUAAAAUCCCUUUCCUGUAUGAGUCAAAAACAAUAGUUUUUACUAUAUUUAACAGAGAGCGCAAUUUGUUUUAGUAUGUAAAUUUUGCACUUUCAUUAACACUAAUCGUUAUAUUUUCCUUGUAUAUAUUUAUUUCUUUAAUCCAAUGUAUUUGCUCUAUGUUAAAAAAGUUGAUAUUAUAAAAACUGAUACGUGCCUAAUGAAAAUGCAUCACACUUUCUUAGACCCAAGUAAUGUUUAAACUUUGUUUGAGUGUAUUGCAUAAUACUGUUCGACCAACAGUUAAGGGCCUCUGGUCGGGUGCCAGCUUGGCGUCCAGCCUUGUUGAUUUCCGAAUGGAAUGACAUUUACAAUAUAGGAUGUGGCAAAACUGACUUGUCUAAGGAGACUGACAACUUGUUACACGUGUACCAAGUGUCAUUUAAAUAUCCUGGGUAAGGAAUCAGAUUGCGAAAUAAGUGAAUGUAGAAUUCUAGUUCUCUGAUAUCUCCAUAACCAUAACGUUAAAUGGUGAUGCUUGGUGGCCCAUAUAAGUUUGGUUUCUUUUGAAAGAGUUGUGUGCGCAGACAAAAAAGUUUAAUAGUAUACCUACAAACAAGAUAUAUUGAACAUCAAAGAUUGUAAUAUAGGUCAUUUUGCGUUUGAUCUACUAAAUAAGAGAACAAAUAUACAAACUAUACUGACCUUACGUAUUCUGUACAUUUCGUCAUUUAUUUUACAUAAUAGUAUUCUGAUUGAAAUGCGGUUUGAAUUAUACCACAUUUGUUUGGUGUUCACCAGGCUUAAAACUGUUCCAUGACAGUAAUGCAAAUAUCGGGAGAACUAGCUUAUUUGAAGGUCAGAUUCCAUAACUUGUUUGCACGCCGACACUUACUGGUGUGUUUUCAUUGAAAAACAGACAAUUGUUUUUAGUAUGUUAGUAUAUUAAACAUUAUGUAUGUAUGAUAUUGUAAUAUACAUGCACUUUUAAUAGUUUUUCUGGUCAAUUAAUACAUUAACAACACUAACCACUAAAUUCUUUGUCAUUUUAAGAAACACAAAACAGCUCUCCUGCGUUGAAACAUUGUUUCAAAUCUAAAUGUAUAUUAUGCACGUCAUAUUAAAACUAAGUAUGAAAUAAUCAGAAUAAAGUCAGAUAUAUUGAA